AUGGAGGACAAAGUCAUCAUCGCUGUAUGUGGAUACCCGGAGCUAUAUGAUACUUCUUCAUACUUCUACAGAAACAGGAAUAAAAAGGAUCUUGCUUGGAAGAAAGUGAGUGAGGAGGUCGGACAAUCUGAGGAAAUGUGCAGAAAGAAGUGGAAGAGUCUGAGGGACACAUAUUUAAGGGAGAGGAGAAAGGAGACAGAGAAGAGGAGUGGGUCAGCAGCAGGGUCAGGGAAAAAGUGGAAGUACUCUGCGGUCCUGUCUUUCCUCGACCCCUUCGUCCAGCCCAGUCAGCUAUGUUGGUGUAUGUGGAGCCAGUGA